AUGUCUUCCGCCCAAAAUUCCAAUGCCCAACAACCAAUAUCAUAUGAAUUUUUCACCCCACAUAUGGAAGACAUGGAAACUGCAGAUGCUCAUCUUCGUCUUGUUCAUACUCCUGGUUUUAAAAAACAAGAAGUUGGUGCAAACUAUGAAGCAUUCUACGGGAGAAUCAGAGUUUUUGGUGAACGAGCAAUUGCAGAUAAUAAGCGGCAACGUUUCAGUGUAGAGUUUACAAUUCCAAAAAAUUGUGAUGCUGGUGAGCUUAAGGGACAGUUUGAAGAAGGGGAAAAAGCAAAAAUUACCAUUAGAAUGCCAAAGAAGCCUAUUCCAGAACCAGCUCAAGAACAAGAAACAACCAAACAGGAAUCUACUACUCCUGAAGUUGAACCAGAAGCAAGCAAGAGAGAGAAAGGUGUUUCUGAGGAAAAACCCAAAUCAGAAAUGGAGAGUGAAAGAGAAUUUGAUGAGAAAAAAGAUGAAAGACCACCAACCCCACCAGAAGAAGUCACUCAUGAAGAAUCUCGUAAAAUGCCUCAAGAGGAUGAUCAAAAGCCUCAUGGGGAUGAGAUGAAAGAGAGUACAAGAGAAGAUUAUUCAUCAAUGACAGAGAAAGACAAAGAAGAAUCUAGAAUCCUCCAGGAGGAUCAAGAGGGAAAGGGAAUUCCUCAAGAAGGUACAACAGAAGGUGUUUCUGAGGAAAAACCCAAAUCAGAGAUGGAGAGUGAAAGAGAAUCUGAUGAGAAAAAAGAUGAAAGACCACCAACCCCACCAGAAGAAGUCACUCAUGAAGAAUCUCGUAAAAUGCCUCAAGAGGAUGAUCAAAAGCCUCAUAGGGAUGAGAUGAAAGAGAGUAUAAGAGAAGAUUCUUCAUCAAUCACAGAGAAAGACAAAGAAGAAUCUAGAAUCCUCCAGGAGGAUCAAGAGGGAAAGGGAAUUCCUCAAGAAGGUACAACAGAAGGUGUUUCUGAGGAAAAACCCAAAUCAGAGAUGGAGAGUGAAAGAGAAUCUGAUGAGAAAAAAGAUGAAACACCACCAACCCCACCAGAAGAAGUCACUCAUGAAGAAUCUCAUAAAAUGCCUCAAGAGGAUGAUCAAAAGCCUCAUGGGGAUGAGAUGAAAGAGAGUACAAGAGAAGAUUCUUCAUCAAUCACAGAGAAAGACAAAGAAAAAUCUAGAAUCCUCCAGGAGGAUCAAGAGGGAAAGGGAAUUCCUCAAGAAGGUACAACAGAAGGUGUUUCUGAGGAAAAACCCAAAUCAGAGAUGGAGAGUGAAAGAGAAUCUGAUGAGAAAAAAGAUGAAACAUCACCAACCCCACCAGAAGAAGUCACUCAUGAAGAAUCUCGUAAAAUGCCUCAAGAGGAUGAUCAAAAGCCUCAUGGGGAUGAGAUGAAAGAGAGUACAAGAGAAGAUUCUUCAUCAAUCAUAGAGAAAGACAAAGAAGAAUUUAGAAUCCUCCAGGAGGAUCAAGAAGGAAAGGGAAUUCCUCAAGAAGGUACAACAGAAGGUGUUUCUGAGGAAAAACCCAAAUCAGAGAUGGAGAGUGAAAGAGAAUCUGAUGAGAAAAAAGAUGAAACACCACCAACCCCACCAAAGAAGUCACUCAUGAAGAAUCUCGUAAAAUGCCUCAAGAGGAUGAUCAAAAGCCUUAUAGGGAUGAGAUGA